UGUUGACAGAGGAAAAGGGAAGUUAGUGGUGUGUACUGUUCUGGCCGGCGUGGUGCGGUGAUGCAGGUUCCGCAGCUGCUUGUGCUUUUCGGCAGCCAGACUGGCACAGCCCAGGAUGAAGCGGAGAGGCUGGGUCGCGAGGCCCGGCGCCGGCGGCUAGGUUGCCGCGUGCAGGCGCUGGACUCUUAUGCGGUGGCGAAUCUCAUUAGGGAGCCCCUGGUGGUAUUUGUUUGUGCGACCACAGGCCAAGGAGACCCUCCUGACAACAUGAAGAACUUCUGGAGGUUCAUAUUCCGGAAGAGCCUGCUGUCUACCUCCCUCUGUCAAAUGGAUUUUGCUGUCCUAGGCCUUGGGGACUCCUCAUAUGCCAAGUUCAACUUCGUGGCCAAGAAACUACAUCGUAGGCUGCUGCAGCUAGGAGGCAGUGCCCUUCUGCCCCCAUGUCUAGGUGAUGACCAGCAUGAGCUGGGUCCUGAUGCUGCCAUUGACCCCUGGCUGGGGGACCUUUGGAAGAAAAUACUGGGACUGUACCCAGUGCCCCUUGACUUUCCUGAGAUCCCUCAUGGAGUCCCCUUGCCCUCCAAGUUCAUAUUCCAGUUUCUUGAGGAAGUCCCCAGCGUGGGAGCUGAGGAGCUAACCAUAGCCAGCUCAGCUCCUCAGAGACCCCCAUCAGAGUUACAGCCCUUCCUGGCACCUGUGGUCACCAACCAGAGGGUCACUGGCCCCCAACAUUUCCAGGAUGUUCGGCUGAUUGAGUUUGACAUUACAGAUUCAAGUAUCAGUUUUGCUGCUGGUGAUGUCGUAUUAAUUAUGCCCUCUAACUCGGAGACCCACAUCCAGCAGUUCUGCCAAUUGCUGUGCCUGGACCCCAAUCAGUUUUUCGUGCUUAAGGCACGGGAGCCAGGUGUCCCUUACCCACCAGGACUGCCUCAGCCCUGCACUGUGUGGCAUCUUGUGUCACAGUACUUGGACAUUGCCAGCGUGCCCCGCCGUUCCUUCUUUGAGCUCUUGGCUUGUCUUUCCCAACAUGGGCUAGAGCGGGAGAAGCUGCUGGAAUUCAGCUCUGCCAGAGGUCAGGAAGAGCUCUGGGAGUACUGUAAUCGGCCCCGCAGGACCAUCUUGGAGGUGCUAUGUGACUUCCCACACACGGCGGCUGCCAUCCCUCCAGACUACCUUUUGGACCUUAUCCCUCGGAUCCGUCCACGGGCCUUCUCCAUCGCCUCCUCCCUGCUGGCUCAUCCCAGGAGGCUACAGAUCCUUGUGGCUGUGGUACAGUACCAGACUCGUCUCAAGGAGCCCCGUCGUGGCCUCUGCUCCUCCUGGCUAGCAUCCUUGAAUCCUGAGCAAGGACUUGUCCGGGUGCCUCUAUGGGUGCGACCUGGGAGCCUAGUGUUCCCAGAGACACCAAAUACCCCCAUUAUUAUGGUGGGGCCUGGAACUGGUGUGGCCCCCUUUCGAGCAGCCAUUCAAGAGCGAGUGGCCCAUGGCCAAACUGGAAACUUCUUGUUCUUUGGCUGCCGCCAGCGGGAUCAGGACUUCUACUGGCAGACUGAGUGGCAGGAACUAGAGAAGAAGGGCUGCCUGACCCUGGUUACAGCCUUCUCUCGGGAGCAGGAGCAGAAGGUAUACGUGCAGCACCGGCUCCGAGAACUAGGGCCACUUGUCUGGGAGCUGCUGGAUCGCCGCGGUGCCUACUUCUAUCUAGCGGGCAAUGCAAAGUAUAUGCCUACGGACGUUGCGGAAGCCUUGACAUCCAUUUUUCAAGAAAUAGGACAACUCUCCAACCCAGAUGCAGCUGUCUACCUUGCCAGACUCCAGCAGACACUGCGCUUCCAGACUGAGACCUGGGCCUGAGGAGCUACUUGCUAGCUCACUCCCACAUAACAGCUGCACUGGAAGACCUACUGAAAUCACCUCCUGUCCUUCUCUGAUCCCAGAACACUGGUUAGACCCAUGGUGUAGCUUCUUGGCUCCAGCUGAUUAGGAGAGCACUCCCUGAAUACUUAGUGGGAUCCAGUAUCCCACCCACACUUAAUCCCAACCCCUGUGCAACCUACAUCCUGGUUUCCUCUUCAGUCUCCUUCAUUGUGUCCACAGGUAUACAUUAUGGUCCAUACCACCGGGGGCCUGCUAAGACCUCCAAAAGGCAUGGAGUCUGUGAGGGCUACACUGCUACUCUGCCCUGGUGCUAUUUCCAUUCACCCCACAACACCUCAAGGCCUAAGUCUCCUGAGCAUUGAAAAUGAGCAAGUCAGUCUGUCUCCGGGUCCUUAACAUCUUCAGUAAACUGCCUGGGUGGCUACUCAC